CGCUUAACAGUUUAACGUCAAAGCACUGAAGCAAAGGCAGCAGAGCAGCAACGGGAGCCUAGUCGACACCGAAUCACGCCACUUUUUUUAUCGUUAUACUGCUGGUAGGUGACGGAAAAGUGGUCUUGGUCGCGCAAAGGAUGAAUUAAGUGAGUGCGGCGUACGACAACAUCUGAUCGGCAGCGUGGACGUGGGGCCAAAUCCAAAAUCGCAACAUGAAGUACCUCACCAAGGAACAACUCUCCGGCUUCGAGCACUACAAGUACAGCUCGAUAGACACCAGUCCCCUGAGUAUUUACGUGAUGCACCCGUUUUGGAACACAGUGGUCAAGCUCUGUCCAAGAUGGGUGGCGCCGAACCUGCUCACCUUUGUCGGGUUCCUCUUCACAGUCCUCAACUUCAUUCUGUUCUCGUACUACGAUUACAACUUUUACGCCUCGAGCAGCGAUCACCCCGAAGUGUCACCGCUGCCGCGGUGGCUUUGGGCAACGGCUGCCCUCAAUCUCUUCCUCGCCUACACGCUAGAUGGUAUUGACGGCAAGCAGGCGAGACGAACGCAAACGAGCGGCCCACUGGGAGAGCUCUUCGACCAUGGCCUCGACUCGUACACAACUGUCUUCAUAGUCACGUGCAUGUACUCUGCAUUCGGCCGAACUGACCACAGUGUUUCGCCCAUCCGGAUGUACUUCUGUUUCUGGAACAUUUUUCUCAACUUUUUCAUUUCCCACUGGGAAAAGUACAAUACCGGAGUUCUCUUUCUGCCGUGGGGCUACGACGCUUCAAUGCUGGCCACCAUGGCGACCUUCACAGUGACUGCAUUUUAUAGCCAUACCAUAUGGAACUUUGACUUAGGAAGUUUAUCAUGCGGACAAUUAUUUGAAAUUGUAUUCUACGUCAGCGCAAUCCUUUUCAACGUACCAGUUGCCUUGUGGAAUGUUUACUUGUCCUACAGGGACAAGACGGGAAAAAUGCGCGGUCCCCUGGAGGCGCUGCGCCCGUGCUUUUCAGUAGUCAGCUUUUUGGGUCUGUGUUCCUUCUGGAUGGUGAAUUCGCCGAACAAUGUGAUUGAAGUCGACCCGCGGGCGGUUUACUUCAUGACGGGCACGAUCUUCUCCAACAUUUGCUGUCGUCUGAUCGUCUCGCAAAUGUCGAACACGCGGUGUGAAGCCAUGCACUGGAUCAUCGCGCCUCUCUGGCUGAUGGUGUUGCUCUUGGUCUACGUGCCUGCAAUUUCUGCGUUCGAGCUGCCCCUGCUCUACGCAGUCACCAUGUUAGCCACAGUCACACAAAUCCACUAUGGCACCUCCGUGGUGCAAGAAAUGUGCCAUCACUUCAAAAUAGAAUGUUUCCGAAUCAAAGACAAAUCUGCCUGACUUUUGUGGGACAACACAAAAUGCUAACCCUCAGCAGCAUUUCGCCUUUUCCUCAUUUCCCUGGGUUGCAUAUGUGUUGUCAGUCGAGUGUUUCUGCAACCUCGGACAUCGUCAAGUAUUUUUUUUUUCGAAAUCGGUUUGAUUUAUUAUGUACUCCAGAGCUUGCUACCUUUGCAGCACUCAAACGAGAACUUUCAGUCGUUUUCGCCGACAGAUUUUGAGCCAGUUUUUGGCCAUUACUUUACACAUCGAGAACCUGCAGUUUUCCCUUUAGUUUAAGUGCGAAUAUUUAAACGUGUUUUAAAUUUCCAUGCAGAGUGGGCCCAAAUUGACGAACUGACCUACACAAUCAACAAAUUGAUCAAAUGUAUCGGGAGAUCAUAUCAAGGUGGGAUUGAUUGAGGGUUACAAAGUGUUUUAUUGUUUGAACCAGUGUCUGCAAUCUUGAAUUACGUUAUCAUUGAGUGUAGUAAUGUGCUGUUUCCAACGAAUUCUAAUAUCACUUGUUUAAUCAUUCCUAGUCUCGCUUCUGUUGAACUAGCAACGCAGUACCAGAUCAGUUUUUAAGUGAUUCGAGGUUGCGUUUGGUAGGUUAGUCUGUCGCAACAAAAUGUCGAACAGCUUUGGAAAAUCUUGAUGUCUUUCAUCCUAUCUGAAUGUCGCCAGUUCUAAUAUAUACGAUGUAAUAAAUACGCAGAAUGCAAGAAUUAUACGUGCUCACUACAAAUUAAGAAGCCAUGCGUCUUAGAAAAUUUCAGCCUUCCAUACCCAUGUAAAGUAUACAUCAAUUAGUGUUAUUAUUUAUUCCUGGAAGACGCACACGCAGCUUUUUCAUGAAGAGAUUAUAACUUUUAAGGGUAAAUGCUUAGAGCAGCUUAAUAUUUGCAUGUUGUGCAAAUUGUAUACACCCAACCAUGAAGCCAAGUUGUAGAAGACAGUCUCUUGUACAUACACAAACUUGUUAAGGCGAACGUAAAAAAUUAGUCAUAGCUGGCCGAAAUGUAAAUUUGCAUAAUUUGAAGUAAAGCCGAAGAUGUUGCUGUGGAAUAUAGAUUGCAGGUGAGGAACAGCUUGGUCACUUUUUUAGGAUCAUAACGCAUCAAGCGAGUAUCGAAGAUCAAGAAAACACCACUGGUUUGUGAACUACUCAACAGAUUUAAUAAAAGCCAUGCUAAUAUAGCAUAAAA